AUGGCAAGCAAUAAACUUGAAAUUAUAUACGGCGGAUUCUUUGCUAAAUACAGAGGCCAUACUGUCGAAACUGUGAAGCGUGUCUUACAGCAUUUGGAGCACAAAAGAAUUGCGAAGAUUGAUACAGCGGCUGUAUAUGCCGAAAGUGAAGAAUUCCUGGGGCUGGCAGGUGCCGCAAACCAUUUCAAGAUUGACACAAAGUUUUGUGGAGGUCUAUCAGAGCUAGAACCCUCGAGAGAGCUUGUUGUCAAGUCUUGUCUUGAAAGUCUUAGUAAAUUGCAGACCAAUUGUGUCGAUGUAUUCUAUAUACAUGCCCCUUAUCGCGGAGUCCCAGUUGAAAGAAUUCUCUAUGGGAUCAAUGACCUGUAUAAAGAAGGGAAGUUCAAAAGAUUUGGAUUAUCCAACUUCAAAGCGGAUGAGGUUGAAGAAGUAAUUCGGGUCGCAAAAGAAAACAAUUUUGUCCUGCCCACAGUCUACCAAGGGAAUUAUAAUGCUGUCGCUCGACGCACAGAAACAGAAAUUAUGCCAACCUUGCGCAAGAACAACAUUUCUUUCUACGCCUAUAGCCCAAUUGCUGGGGGCUUCCUAACCAAGACCCCGGAACAGCUUCUCGCUGGGGGGGGAGGGACGAUGGGACCCGUCCGGCACCUACACUGCCAAAAUGAAACUGGGAUCUCGCAAGCCGAGCUUGCCUAUCGAUGGGUGGCGUAUAACUCAUUGCUUGAGCCAGGACUUGGCGACGGGAUUGUUAUUGGGGCACGCUUUGGUCUACAAUUGGAUCAGGCCCUUGAAGCCCUCGAGAGGGGACCAUUAUCUGAAGGGUUGGCUACAAGGAUUGAAAGCCUCUGGGAAGAUAUCAAAGAUGAUUCUCCGUUGGAUAACUUUGAUGGAUUUGUAUGCAAUUCGUCUAAAUAG